AUGAGAUUUAUGAAGAUCGAGAAUUGUUGGAUUCCUAAAGAAGAUAUUGGUCUAGGUAAUGCUAAAGAAGAAAAAGAAGAAAUGGAACCAGGUGCAAGAUCUAGCACUCCCAAUGAAGAAAGAAGAAAUGAAGAACCAUGUCCUCACUGGCGAAGCUUCUUGGAGUUGAGGGG